GCCACGACAGUUGACAAUACACAAAAUAUUGCGCGCGCAACAUCGAUAACCACUACUUUUAUACACCACUUGUAUGUGUGUUGUGGCGUUGCCGAAUCACCGUGUACUCAACAUAAAUUGUUUGACUCAUUCGGUUAGUCAGUAUUUUUAACAAUAACAAAUUUUUAAAAAUCUCAUAAAUAAAACUGACUCCUACUAGUGCAAGCGUGGACGUUACUACUCGUUGUGUAAAUUUGUUACUACCGAAGAAAAACAAAAUUGAAAAGACACAAUGUCAAGCACAUCACAAAAACAUAAAAAUUUCGUGGCUGAGCCUAUGGGAGAAAAGCCUGUUACUGAUUUAGCAGGUGUUGGUGAAGUUCUUGGUAAAAGACUUGAGUCAGCCGGUUUUGAUAAGGCGUAUGUGGUACUUGGUCAAUUUUUAGUCUUGAAAAAAGACAGAGAACUUUUUCAGGAAUGGAUGAAAGAUACAUGUCAAGCAAACACAAAACAAUCUAAUGACUGUUUUCAAUGUUUAUUGGAUUGGUGUGAUGAAUUUUUGUAAUGUACCACAAAAGCAUGCAAUUUAUUUAAAUGUUUGUCAGUGUACUGUUUUUAGUUUCAAUUAUAUAUGAGCAUAUAAUAAUGCUGUCGACCUUAGCUCUUACACAGUUAAAAGCUGCCAAAAACCUUUUAAAAUUUGAACUUACCUUAUUUUAUACUCAUGACAUUUAAUUCUUAUAAAAUGUGCCACUUUUAUGAUGAGGUUGAGAAUUAGUGUAAUAGUUACUGUUUCCUAGAAUUUCUUGUAUUCUUUGCCUUUUCCAUAAUACAUGUAUAUAUAAGAAACUGA